GACUCUUGCGCGACACUGAAUUUACUCGGUGCUUUAUUGAAAGAUUGAUAAAGUAUUCCGCCACUCGCGUCUUCUUGUUGUAGCCGAAAAAAAAUGAGGACCUUUAUAGCUCUUGGAGUAUUAGCGCUCCUCUAUCUCGGUGUUUAUGGAGACUCAUCAGACUGGUGGAAAGCUAUGUCUUUGUACCAGAUCUACCCGAGAAGCUUCAAAGACAGCGAUGGUGAUGGUAUUGGAGAUCUCAAGGGUGUAGAGAGCAAAUUGGAGCACUUGGUCGAUACCAAAAUCGAUGCGUUCUGGUUGUCCCCCAUAUACCCGAGCCCCAUGGUGGACUUUGGAUACGACAUCUCUGACUUCAAGGGGAUUGAUCCUGUUUACGGUACCAUGCAGGAUUUCGAAGAUCUGGUGGACAAAGCCCAUAAAUUAAAUCUCAAGGUCAUCAUGGAUUUCGUGCCUAAUCAUAGUUCCAACAAACACGAGUGGUUCCAGAAUAGCGUUAGAAAAAUAGAACCCUACACAGACUACUACAUGUGGCAUCCGGGAAAAAUCGUCAAUGGGAGUCGCCAACCACCAAAUAACUGGGUCAAUGUAUUUUACGGAUCUGCUUGGACCUGGAACGAGGAGAGGCAAGAGUACUAUUUACACCAGUUCGCUCCUGAACAACCAGAUUUCAAUUACCGCAACGAGAAAGUCGUGGAAGAAAUGAAGGACAUCCUUAGGUUUUGGCUCGACAAGGGCGUGGACGGUUUCCGCAUAGACGCGAUACCCCAUCUGUAUGAGAUCGAAGAUUUGCGAGACGAGCCCCUGAGCGGAACCACCAGCGACCCCAAGAGCUACGGUUACACGAUCCACAUGUACACGAACGCUUUGCGCGAAACGUACGAAAUGGUAAGCCAGUGGCGGGAUGUUAUGGACGAGUACGAAAACAAGGGCGACACGCGCAUCAUCGUAAUCGAAGCUUAUGCCAAUAUGAGCAAGACGAUGGAUUAUUACUUGUACAGGGCACACUUUCCCUUCAACUUUGGCUUGAUCACGUCAGUCGAGAAACAUUCGAAAGCUGAAAGCUUCAAGAAACUCGUGGACACGUGGACCGAUAAUUUGCCCGUCGGGGCUGUAUCUAACUGGGUGGCCGGCAAUCACGACAAGUCACGGCUGGUGACGCGCUACGGACGCAACUUGGCACCAGCCUUGCAAAUUAUGGUGCAUCUAUUACCUGGCGUUGCCGUGACCUACAAUGGCGAAGAGAUCGGUAUGGAGGACACUUGGCUGUCUUGGGAGGAGACGCAGGAUCCUCAAGGAUGUAACGCUGGCAAGGGUGGCUAUGAGAAAUCGUCCCGCGAUAAAGCUAGGACGCCCUUCCAGUGGGACAAUACAGUUUCUGCUGGAUUUUCAACUAAUCCGAAUACUUGGCUUCGUGUGAAUGAAAAUUUUAAACAUCUCAAUCUUGCUGCUCAAAAAGCAGCGGACAAGUCCUACUACAAAACGUUUUUAAAAAUAACGGAGCUUAGAAAGUUGCCAGCAGUCAAUAAGGGAUCGCUUCAAACGAGACUACUGAAUGACGAUGUAUUUGCCUUUUCAAGAGAACUUGAAGGCGAGACGUCAGUUUACGUGGUAAUAAACUUUGGUUACUCGCCAGAGACCGUGAGUUUGCAAGCUUUUGAAAAGGUUCCAGACGAUUUAUUACUGUACGUUACCACGUCAGAUUCUAUGGACAUCCAAAGCAGUGACAGUAUAAAAUCAACAAGUGUACAAAUCAACCCAAGGAGUGGUGCUGUUUUCUUAAGUAAAAACUGAAACAUGAAGAUCUGAAGGUGGUAGUUUUUUUGUGUAUGAUGUACGACAAAUUCAUAAUUGUAUAAAAAAAUCAUUAUCACGAUAAGUACCAUGCGAGGUUUCAGUUUUCAGUUUAUAAUAGUGUAUACAAUUCUACGAGGUAUGUAUUUGCAACAAAGCAUUAAAGAAACCUCGCUAAAUUGAUGUAAAUUUUUCACGACGACUUUCUUGCACUGAACAAUAUUUUGUACUCGAGAAAUCAAUUAUGAACAUCUUUACAUGUGUUAGGAAUGAAAUUAUUAUUUAAUAAGUUAUUGUUAUUGAUUUCAUUCAUGUAAUAUUAGUUAGAAAUUUUUUUUAACUAAUUUUAAUCACAAUUUGUUGAUGUGAAAUGAAAUAAUAUUAUUUAGCAAGUAGCAGUACAGUUUACUUACAGUUUAUUUAUUGUUGAAAAAAGUACGAGUGUUUGCUGAUUGUGAUGACGAUCAAUCUUCUAUGAGAAAUGGAAUAAAUUAGAAAAUAUUACACGAUUUCUUGUUAUUUUUACCUUUACUGGGCUACGUAUUCCUGUUCAAUCUGAAUUCUAUUUUUCUUUAAACUGUAAAUAAUGGAAAACUUUA